AUGAUUGAUCAGACUACACUUGGACACCGAUUUCUGAAAGAGGAGUUUGGCGUGACUCCUAGAAUCGGUUGGCAAAUUGAUCCCUUUGGCCAUUCGGCUGUGCAGGCUUACUUAUUGGGAGCUGAAGUUGGUUUUGAUUCACUUUUCUUUGGUAGGAUAGAUUAUCAGGAUAGAACUAAACGCAAAAAAGAGAAGAGUCUCGAGGUUAUCUGGCAGGGUAGCAAGAGCCUUGGCUCUUCUGCUCAGAUCUUUGCCGGUGCAUUCCCUAAGAACUAUGAGCCUCCUUCUGGAUUUUACUUUGAAGUUAAUGAUGAUCCCGAUGAAGGAUAA